AUGGCGGAUGAGGCCAAGGCGGUUGAGGCCAAGCCCGAUGCGAAGACCCUGCAGGCGCUGAGGGACGCGGCCAACCGCCUGCGGAUCCACUCUAUUAGGGCCACGUGUGCCUCCAGUUCCGGCCAUCCCACGUCGUGCUGCAGUGCUGCGGAGAUCAUGUCUGUCCUCUUCUUCCACACGAUGCGGUAUAAGCGGAUGGACCCACAGCACCCAGACAACGACCGCUUCGUCCUCUCCAAGGGCCACGCUGCCCCAGUCCUCUAUGCCGCUUGGGCAGAGGUGGGCGACAUCAGCGAAUCCGACUUGCUGAACUUGAGGAAAAUCCACUGCGACUUGGAGGGACAUCCCACCCCGCGACUGCCGUUUGUUGACGUGGCGACGGGAUCCCUCGGGCAGGGAUUAGGCGCGGCCUGUGGAAUGGCGUACACCGGCAAGUACUUUGACAAGGCCAGCUACCGCGUGUUCUGCCUCAUGGGGGACGGCGAGUCCUCGGAAGGCUCCGUCUGGGAGGCUUUGGCCUUUGCUUCCCACUACAGUUUGGACAAUCUCGUGGCAAUCUUCGAUGUGAACCGCUUGGGACAGAGUGGCACUGCGCCCCUUGAGCACUGCACAGACAUCUAUCAGAAUCGCUGUGAAGCCUUUGGCUGGAAUACUUACUUAGUGGAUGGCCACGAUGUGGAGGCCUUGUGCCAAGCCUUUUCGCAGGCAGCACAAGUGAAGAACAAGCCCACUGCUAUAGUUGCCAAGACCUUCAAGGGUCGAGGUAUUCCAAACAUUGAAGAUGCAGAAAACUGGCACGGAAAGCCAGUGCCGAAAGAAAGAGCAGAUGCGAUCAUCAAAUUAAUUAAAAGUCAGAUACGGACCCAGGGGAAUCCCAUAUCGAAACCCCCUGUGGAAGACUCACCUCAAAUCAGCAUCACAAAUAUAAAAAUGACCUCUCCACCUGCUUACAAAAUUGGCGACAAGAUAGCUACCCAGAAAGCGUAUGGUUUGGCUCUGGCUAAACUGGGCCAUGAAAACGAAAGAGUUAUUGUUCUGGAUAGUGACACGAAGAACCCCACCUUUUCUGAGAUAUUCAAGAAAGAACACCCUGAGCGUUUCAUAGAGUGUUUUAUUCCUGAGCAAAACAUGGUGAGUGUGGCACUGGGCUGUGCCACACGUGGUCGAACCAUUGUUUUUGCUAAUACUUUCUCUGCCUUUUUCGCUCGAGCAUUUGAUCAGAUACGAAUGGGAGCCAUCUCUCAAACCAACAUCAACCUUAUUGGUUCUCACUGUGGUGUAUCCAUAGGGGAAGAUGGGACCUCCCAGAUGGCCCUGGAGGAUCUAGCCAUGUUCCGAAGCAUUCCCAAUUGCACUAUUUUCUAUCCAAGUGAUGCCCUCUCCACAGAGCAUGCUGUUUAUCUAGCUGCUAACACCAAGGGAAUGUGCUUCAUUCGGACCAGCCAACCAGAAACUGAAGUUAUUUACGCGCCACAAGAAAAGUUUGAGAUUGGACAGGCCAAAGUGGUCCGUCACAGUGACAAUGACAAGGUCACAGUUAUUGGAGCUGGAAUUACUCUACAUGAAGCCUUAGCAGCUGCUGACAAUCUUUCUCAACAAGGUAUUGCUAUCCGUGUCAUCGACCCAUUUACUAUUAAACCUCUGGAUGCUGCUACCAUUAUUUCCAGUGCAAAAGCCACAGGUGGUCGGGUUAUCACAGUGGAGGAUCACCACAGAGAAGGUGGCAUUGGAGAAGCUGUAUGUGCAGCUGUCUCCAGGGAGCCUGACAUCCUUGUUCAUCAGCUGGCAGUGUCAGGCGUGCCUCAAAGUGGGAAGCCUGGUGAAUUGCUGGAUAUGUUUGGAAUCAGCGCGGGACACAUUGUAUCAGCUGUGAGACAUACUUUAAUGAACUAAAAUACGUUCAUUUCUUAAAAAGUCAAGCCUGUUGA